UCAUGCUGCUGUGAGCAGGGUUAAACACAUGCACUGUGUCCUAUUAGAGACAGAGCAGGGAGAAUGUGUCUGUGCUUCCAGGUAAUGCAGGCUUCCAAAGUGUGAAGCACCAGAUUGAGCAUUCAGGGUCAUAUACAUUCUAUAUACAUGAAUUGAGGUCCAGUUUGGAAUUAACAGCACAUGUAACCAGGUGUAAGCAGAAUUAUAAACCCUUGUUACUUUCAGGGGCUGCUUUCACCCAUGGCACAUGGUGGUGUCCUUAAGAGGUUUAAAUAUGGGUUGGGAAUGUCUGUCAUCUUUCCCUUCUAACCUCAAUUAUCCCCAGACCAACUGUUGGGAACAUCUCAUAGCUCAAGAGCCUCUGGUCCUCUGGAUUCUCUCUUACACAGAGGGGUGUUAGUUCAGGUCCUCCAUCCUGCUGUACAAAAUGAUUGAGUGACAGAAUAAACCGAGCCUCAGAUUUCAUGUUGUCAGCUCUACUCCCUCUGAUGGUUCUGAAAGCCUUGGGGAACGUAAGAGGCUGGGAUCUAUUCUGCUCACUGAACUUUGGUGCAUCAACCAACCCUUAGUGCAAUUAGAAGCAAGUAACUAGUUUCCUUCAUCCUAAAUGCCAGUUUCAGCUAAACACCUGAUGUUUCAUUCAGAUGCCACCUUUGAGUAUUCAACACUUGGUGGAAAGAAAUCAGUUGCUGGUGUUUGUUGAUGCCCUCCUUCUCCUGCAGAGGAAAUCUAAACAUUUUAUGUAAGUACCUGACAUUAAGCUGUCACAAUCUGCUACACUCACUGAACUCUAGAUUAAAUAUAAUCCACAGUACUACGCCACUGUGGGUGGACAACAUAAUUGGGCAUCCUCAAAGGUACCUAAAUGUGUGAGCAACCUACACAGUGUGCCUGCAUAAGCUAUAGUAUGGUUCAUCAUGACAAGAACUUCUCUUCUAAAAGCACUCUAAAAACAAAUGGAACUGGAAUGUUUAACCCAUUCAUCCUUUUUGGAUCAGUGACUCCUUCUCCCACCUGGCCACAGCUUCAGUCUGCUGACCAUCUCCCAUCUGGUCUACCACCAUUCGAUACCGAUGGCAUAGUUGUGUUUGCAAGACUGGGAAUGGGAGAGGGAAAAUAAGACUUUUCACAGGGGAGUCUUUUUGAGUCAAUGAAAUCAACUUGAUUUGGUGUGGCUGUGGCUGUGUGCAGCUGAAGAUAAGGGAUCUGUGUGAUCUGAGCAGGGAACCUUCUCCACUUGAACUUCACAGCUGAGAACUGGCUGGGGGAAAAUACCCUCCAGCCUGAGCCUGUGAUCUUCAUUUUCAAGGCAUUAAGCUCAGUCCUUUGCUAUCUUUUCCACUUGCACUAUUUAGAGAUUCGAUCUUGGCUUUCUUAGUUUCAGGAGAUUUAACUAAGUAGGUCCCAUUCCUUGUACCUUAUUUAUUAAAGAUAAUCAGGAGCUCAUCAUAGGGCAGAGUUCAAGAGUUGACAAAUUUAAAUAUAAGAAACCACAUAGUACUAACAUGGUUGAUCGAGGCAGCAUCAGGAAAAGUUGGUUCUCUCCUAGAUGAUCUGAAUCAUUUGUCGUACCAUCCAAAGCCAGUAACUACAUGGAUUACUGCAAGAUAACAGGCUUCUGUAUGGCACCUAUAAACCUGUUCAAACUCCAGCAUGAGUUGUGGUUUCGAUGGCAAUGGGAUUAUUUCAAGGGACAAACCUAAUCUUUAAUGUAAGAGUUAGCAGGGGUACGGCCAUAAAUAUCAACCUUAUAUUGCCUUUUGGAAGGUUACUGCAUGUCUGUGAUAAAUGGAUUAAACAGAGUACAGACAAGCACAGGCUGUCUCUAUGGCUUUUCCAGCAAACACUAUAUUCUGAGUUAUCUGUCAUUAAGAUAUACUGUAGAGCUUUGUGGUGAAUUAGUCUAUUCUAUGCUUACCUGUACUGCUGAGAAAACUAUUUCAGGUUUUCCUUUGAUUUCCUUCUUAGAGUAUACUGACAGAUUUUAACAAUCAUUUGCAACCGAUGCAAACCCUAAUGCUGCAGUAACCACAAGUACUUGCCAGAUACUUCCAAGAGAAACCAUCCUUUCAGCUAAAAUCUUUAAAGAAACUCCACUUUUCUCCUUUCCUCCUCCCUCUCUGCUCCACCAGCUGAAAAGCCAAUAACAAAAUUCUCCACCUCCUACACAGUUCAGAACAAGAUCCGUGUGCAUUUCUCCUAGGCAUGUUUUGAAACCCAGAAGGGGAUGAAAGUAGUUAAUGUGCCAUGGGAAUCUUAAUUUCAGCUGCAAAUCUGUAUCUUUCUCUUGCUGAUAUGCUGGAAGCUAAAUGUUAAUGUUGUGAUUGAUUUAAGUCCAGCCUGGGGAGAAGAAGCAGUUGAAGAGAUGUCUCAACUAUACUCGCCUUCAACUAAUGAGACUUUGCGUGCGUCUACAGACGGUACAGAGCUGAAAUCGAUCAUUGAUAAUGAAACCACAACCGAAGAAUGGACCGAAGACUCCUUCCCAGGAUUGGAAAUACUGUGCACCAUUUACAUUACAUACUCGGUGAUCAUUUCCGUGGGGCUCCUUGGAAAUGCAAUACUCAUCAAAGUAUUUUUCAAGAUUAAAUCCAUGCAGACAGUUCCAAACAUCUUCAUCACCAGCCUGGCGUUUGGAGACCUCCUGCUUUUAUUGACUUGUGUGCCUAUAGAUGCCACCCGGUACAUUGUGGAUACCUGGCUCUUCGGAAGGAUUGGGUGCAAGCUGCUGUCUUUCAUCCAGUUAACCUCAGUUGGAGUCUCAGUGUUUACCCUGACUGUUCUCAGUGCUGACAGGUACAGAGCCAUCGUUAAGCCCUUGGAACUGCAGACUUCAGAUGCGCUCCUGAAGACCUGCUGUAAAGCGGGCUGCGUUUGGAUCGUCUCCAUGAUAUUCGCUAUCCCAGAGGCUGUCUUCUCCGACUUGUAUUCUUUCAGCGACCCCAAGAAGAAUGUAACUUUCGAGGCAUGUGCCCCCUAUCCUGUGACUGAGAAGAUCCUGCAGGAAGCUCACUCCCUGGUUUGCUUCUUAGUGUUCUAUAUUAUACCCUUAGCUGUCAUUUCUGUCUACUAUUUUCUAAUCGCCAGAACUUUAUAUAAGAGCACCUCCAACAUGCCAGCAGAAGAACACGGUCAUGCCCGUAAGCAGAUUGAAUCCCGCAAGAGGGUUGCAAAAACAGUGCUGGUGCUUGUUGCUUUGUUUGCCUUCUGCUGGUUGCCCAACCACAUCCUCUACCUAUACCGCUCCUUCACAUACCACGCUUCUGUCGAUGCUUCCACCUUCCAUCUGAUAGCUACUAUUUUUUCCCGUGCCUUGGCCUUCAGCAAUUCCUGCAUCAAUCCUUUUGCUCUUUAUUGGCUGAGUAAAAGUUUCAGGCAACACUUUAAAAAGCAAGUCUCAUGCUGUAAGGCAAAGCUUCGUUCAAAGCCUCCCAGUGCUACCCACAACACACCGACCAGAGCCCCAUCCAUCACAGGCAGCACGUGUGGCUCAGAAAUCAGUGUUACACUGCUAACAGAUUACAGCAUCACAAAAGAAGAGGAAAGUGUUUAGCCCAUCUGGGAUGAAAAAGGAUAGAAACCAAGCUUUGAAAUCAAGCCCCCACUACUGGGAUCCGGGAAGGAGGUGCCUGGCUAUGGCAGAGUUUUCAUCAGGAGUUGGGGUUUUAAAAUGUACAAUAAAGAAAUCAAACUGUGUGGGAGAAGAAGCUGCAACAGCUGAACAUCCCAGCAUAAGCUCAAAGGGAUUGUUCAUGUUCCCAAGCAUGACCAUGGAUCCCUAGCUGGAAUUCCUGGACUGGGCAGGACAGGAGUCAGCAGAGUUGGUGCAAGAACCAUUUGUGAGAAUGGUUUUGUCCUUGGUGACUUGUUCUUUGACUUGUGACUGAGAGCUCCCUCUGUCACGUACUUGCAUCCACAGCAGGCAAGCAAACUCACCUAUGGUCCUAACACCAUCAAGCAAGAAGAUUUCUGAUUUCUUUUUGUUGUCCUGAAUGUUAAAAAUUGCUAAACUCAUCAAAAGGCACACUAAAAUGAAAGAAAGCUAAGGUUUGUAGUACAGUGUAGUGAAAGAAGAAUAAGCAUUAUGGACCAGAUCUACACCAGCCCUUGCUCUGACAGUGAUUUACUUUGAAUCUCUGGGUAAGAACUGACUGCUGUGUAAAGAGCUUCCCUUCUCAGCUCCUAAGGAAGUCAAGGGAACCAGCCAGUGACUAUCUCUUGGAGAAAGCUAUCAUCUUUAACCAUACUUGUAACAGUCUUUGCGAUCUAUGGGUAAAGCAUCUCAGCAGUGCAGCACUCCUCAUUGUUCCAGUGAUUUAACAUCAAGAAACUGAGGUGGAUCUGUAUUAAAGUUCUAUUUGGAUUUACA